CAGAGCCAGGGGGCGCCGGGCAGGAGGCGUGGACACAAGGUCCAGCCGCGAGGGCUCCAGGGCCAAAGGACAUGAUGCUGCCUCUACCACAGCUGCCACCAUGGAGCGCGGGGCCCAGAUAGACGUGCCGCGACGCAGGGCGUGGGUCCCCGAUGCUCCGGUGGGGCCUGCCAUGGACGGGGAGUACCCUGAGCACGAGCCCCCGCCGGCGGGCGGUGUCCUGUACAGCCCACCCCCCCUGCAGGGCGCCAUGCUGCACUACUCCUGGUGGAACCCCUACUCGCCGGCACCCUACCCAGCCUUCCCCGGCGAGAGCCACCAGCUCAUGAGCCCUGCUGCCCUCCUGAACGGUCAGCCCUGCCUGGACACCAGCUAUGCCUCCACGGGCACCGCCUCCAGCUUUCUGCCAAAGAGCAGCGACUUUUCUCAGGACCCCUCGUACCUCGAGGACCUCUCCAAUGCCUCUGUGUUCUCCUCGUCCGUGGACUCCCUGUCGGACAUCGCGGACACGCCCGACUUCCUGCCGGCCGACAGCCUCAGCCAGGUGCCCACCAUCUGGGACGUGAGCACCGCCCCCUCCUCCCAGGACACGCUGUUCCUGCCCACCCCACAGUUUCCCCGCCUCGAGGACCCUGUGUCUUCUCUCCCCAGCACCCCACUUCUCAUCAGCUACCAGUCGCAGACUCAGCACGAAGACGAGGAGGAGGCCGAGGAGGAGGAGGUGGAGGAGCUGGGCCAAACGGAGACCUACGCGGACUACGUGCCCUUCAAGUCCAAGAUUGGGAAGCAGCAUCCUGACCGAGUGGUGGAGACCAGCACGCUGUCCAGCGUCCCGCCCCCGGACAUCACCUACUCCCUGGCGCUGCCCGACCGCGGGGUCCUGUCGGCCCUGCAGCUGGAGGCCAUCACGUAUGCCUGCCAGCAGCACGAGGUCCUGCUCCCCAGCGGGCAGCGCGCAGGCUUCCUGAUCGGCGACGGGGCCGGUGUGGGCAAGGGCCGCACGGUGGCUGGCAUCAUCCUGGAGAACUACCUGAGGGGCCGGAAGAAGGCCCUGUGGCUCAGCGUCUCCAACGACCUCAAGUAUGAUGCGGAGCGCGACCUGCGGGACAUCGAGGCCCCUGGCAUCGCGGUGCACGCGCUCAGCAAGAUCAAGUACGGUGACAAUACUACCUCAGAGGGCGUCCUCUUCGCCACCUACUCCGCCCUGAUCGGGGAGAGCCAGGCGGGCGGCCAGCACCGCACGCGCCUCCGGCAGAUCCUCGAGUGGUGCGGGGAGACCUUUGACGGUGUGAUCGUGUUUGAUGAGUGUCACAAGGCCAAGAACGCCAGCUCCACCAAGAUAGGCAAGGCCGUCCUGGACCUGCAGGGCAAGCUGCCCCUGGCCCGCGUGGUCUACGCCAGCGCCACAGGCGCCUCGGAGCCCCGGAACAUGAUCUACAUGAGCCGCCUGGGUAUCUGGGGCCAGGGCACGCCCUUCCGAACCUUCGAGGAGUUCCUGCAUGCCAUCGAGAAGAGGGGCGUGGGUGCCAUGGAGAUCGUGGCCAUGGACAUGAAGGUCAGCGGCAUGUACAUCGCGCGCCAGCUCAGCUUCUCCGGAGUCACCUUCCGUAUCGAGGAGAUCCCGCUGGCCCCGGCCUUCGAGCGUGUCUAUGACCGAGCGGCCCUGCUGUGGGCCGAGGCGCUGGGCGUGUUCCAGCAGGCAGCCGACUGGGUCGGCCUGGAGUCGCGCAAGUCCCUGUGGGGCCAGUUCUGGUCGGCCCACCAGCGCUUCUUCAAGUACCUGUGCAUCGCCGCCAAAGUGCGCCGGCUGGUGGAGCUGGCUCGCCUGGAGCUGGCCCAGGACAAGUGCGUGGUCAUCGGGCUGCAGUCCACAGGGGAGGUGCGGACGCGGGAGGUGCUGGAGGAGAGUGACGGCCGUCUCCACUGCUUCGUGUCAGCUGCCGAAGGCGUCUUUCUGUCGCUAAUUGAGAGGCAUUUCCCUUCCACCAAGAGAAGGCGGGACAGAGGCGCGGGCAGAAAGAGAAAACGGCGGCCACGGGGCCGCGGGGCCAAGGCCUCCAGGCUGGCGUGUGAGGUGGCCGGUGUGAUCCGCAUCAGCGAUGACAGCAGCACCGAGUCAGACGCCGGCCUGGACAGCGACUGCAACUCCUCACCCGAGUCCCUGGUGGAUGACGACGUGGUCAUUGUGGACGCAGUUGGGCUCGCCGCGGACGACCGGGGACCCCCGUGUCCCCUGCAGAGGGACCCGCACGGUCCUGGCGUCUUGGAGCGGGUAGAGCGGCUGAAGCAGGACCUGCUGGCCAAGGUGCGGGCGCUGGGCCAGGAGCUGCCUGUCAACACCCUGGACGAGCUCAUCGAGGAGCUCGGGGGGCCGGAGCAGGUGGCCGAGAUGACAGGCAGGAAAGGCCGGGUUGUGUCCAGGCCCGACGGGACAGUGGCCUUCGAGUCUCGGGCAGAGCAGGGCCUGUCCAUCGACCACGUGAACCUCAGGGAGAAGCAACGCUCGUGGCCAUCAUCUCUGAGGCCUCCAGCUCCGGCGUCUCCCUCCAAGCCGACCGCCGAGUGCAGAACCAGCGGCGCCGUGUGCACAUGACACUGGAGCUGCCCUGGAGCGCGGACCGCGCCAUCCAGCAGUUCGGCCGCACCCACCGCUCCAACCAGGUCUCCGCGCCGGAGUACGUCUUCCUCAUCUCUGAACUGGCCGGGGAGCGCCGCUUUGCCUCCAUCGUGGCCAAGCGCCUGGAGAGCCUGGGCGCCCUGACCCACGGAGACCGCCGAGCCACCGAGUCCCGAGACCUGAGCAAGUACAACUUCGAGAACAAGUACGGCGCCCGGGCCCUCAGCUGCGUGCUCACCACCAUCCUGAACCAGACGGAGAACAGGGUGCCCUUGCCCAAGGGCUACCCAGGAGGGGGUGCUGCCUUCUUCCGAGACAUGAAGCAGGGCUUGCUGUCGGUGGGCAUCGGCGGGCGCGAGUCCCGAUCCGGCUGCCUGGACGUGGAGAAGGACUGCUCCAUCACCAAGUUCUUGAACCGCAUCCUCGGACUGGAGGUGCACAAGCAGAACGCCCUGUUCCAGUACUUCUCCGACACCUUCGACCACCUCAUCGAGAGGGACAAGAGGGAGGGCAAAUACGACAUGGGCAUCCUGGACCUGGCCCCGGGCAUCGACGAGAUCUACGAGGAGAGUCAGCAGGUGUUCCUGACACCCGGCCACCCACAGGACGGGCAGGUGGUCUUCUACAAGAUCAGCGUGGACCGCGGUCUGAGGUGGGAGGAGGCCUUCGCCAAGUCGCUGGAGCUGACCGGCCCCUACGACGGCUUCUACCUCUCCUACAAGGUUCGGGGCAACAAGCCCAGCUGCCUCUUGGCGGAGCAGAACCGCGGCAAGCACUUCACCGUGUACAAGCCCAACAUCGGCCGACAGAGCCAGCUGGAGACCUUGGACAGCCUGUGCCGCCAGGUGCCCGGCCCCUACGGCGGCUUCUACCUCUCCUACAAGGUUCGGGGCAACAAGCCCAGCUGCCUCUUGGCGGAGCAGAACCGCGGCAAGCACUUCACCGUGUACAAGCCCAACAUCGGCCGACAGAGCCAGCUGGAGACCUUGGACAGCCUGUGCCGCAAGUUCCACCGGGUGCCCCCAGAGGAGGCCAAGGAGCCCUGGGAGAGCGGCUACGCAUACUCGCUGACGCACUGCAGCCACAGCGCCUGGUGAGGGCACCCAGGGCCCUGCCCACUCCCAGGCCAGGUGGGCGGGGAGUGUGGGGCCUGGGGGCGGGGCCUGGAGGCCAGGAGCAGCAGCUACCUACAGAUCGUGCGCCUCAAGACCAAGGACAAGAAGAAGCAAGUGGGCAUCAAGGUCCCGGAGGCCUGCGUGCGCCGCGUGCGCACGGCCGACCCCGCGGCGCUGGCGCACCAGGGCUGCGACAUCAACUUCAAGGAGGUGCUGGAGGACAUGCUGCGCUCCCUGCACGCUGCGCCCGACGACACCCCGAGUCCGCUGGGGGGCGGCGUGGGGCCAGGGGCCGAGCGGCAGAGCGUCAUCCACUUCAGCCCACCCUUCCCCAACUCCUAG